CAACAUCGAAAUCAACGCCUAAUUUUCAGGCAGGUACCCGUGAGUGAAGUCAUAUUGACGCCAAGUUUCGUGCAACAAAAACAUAUAUAUCUGGCCUUGAAGCCUCCUACCAAUUCACCCACAAUCAAUCAACCAAAUUCAAACACUGUCUAACACUGACACUCAACCAUCACACAAACCAAACCCCCUCUAGGUCAACACCAUCAAAAUGUCCGGCAACGAUAACCCAGGAAACUUCGCCAACCGCCCCAAGGAGGAGGUCCAGGAGAUCGCAAGCAAGGGUGGACAAGCAAGUCACAACAGCGGCUUUGCCUCGAUGGAUCCAGACAAGCAGCGCGAGAUAGCGUCGAAGGGUGGUCAAGCGUCCAGCGGCUCCUUCGAACCAGGCAGCGAGAGAGCAAAAGAGGCCGGCAGAAAGGGGGGUUUGGCUUCCGGUGGUUCCGAAUAGAUCAAACCAUCUUCACGGUCAAUAUGAUCGGUGAACCGGAGAAGCUGCGUGGGAGAUCGAGAUGGAAAAGCAAUGAGACAAGUCGUCUUUUAAAGUCGCACCUCACCUCGAUGUGCAUGGGAGCUUAGCAUGAUGAAUGCUGCUCACAUGUACUGUGUAACAACCAGCAACGAGCUGAAUUAUCAGAAAUUAAAUAUCACAGGAAGUAAGAUGAAUCCACUUCAACUCAUCAUCCUGUUCCUGUCUGCGGGUAUUUUGAUUCUGUAUUGCCUCGCAGCAAUAUCACCC